GAGUGCGAGAGAGCGAGCAGGCAGGCAGGCGUAUGAGCGGGGAGAGGGAGGUAGAAGUGUGAGGAAAGGAAGUAGGGAGAAUUUUGAAGGGAGUGUGUUUUGAAAUUAAAUUUCAUACGCAUAGGGGAGACGUAGAUGUCACGUUAGUAUAUGUGUAUAUAUAUAAAUGAAAUUUCAUACACAUAUAUAUGCAUGCACACACACACACACAUAUACAUACUCAUAUAUACACACACACGCACUUAUUUAUUUAUUACAUUUUAUAUCCUGCUCUUCCUCCAAGGAGCCCAGAGUGGUGCACUACAUACUUAAGUUUCUCCUCACAACAACCCUGUGAAGUAGGUUAGGCUGAGAGAGAAGUGACUGGCCCAGAGUCACCCAGCAAGUCUCAUGGCUGAAUGGAGAUAUAAACUCGGGUCUCCCCGGUCCUAGUCCAGCACUCUAACCACAAACAUAUAUACACAAACACACACACAUAUAUUCUUAUGAUUUGGAAACAGAGAUUCCACUCAUGCAGCCUAGAAUAGCAUUAGGCUUUUUUGCCACUGCAGCUCAGGGCUGACUCGUGUUUGUUAUUUUAGUACCCAAUUCAUCCAGCCCUGAGGUCAUUUAAAGUCGAUAGGUGUUUGCUGACCCAACUCCUUAUCAGUAUUUUCACUGCACUUCUGGUCCCCUAAGCAUUCGUCCCGCUUUUGUGAACAUGCACACAGACAGUUCCCUCUUUGGGAGAAGAUGAAAUAGGAGUUGGGCAGUCAUUUUCUCUUCUUUGUCAUCCGCGUUAGCACUUUUUCCUUUUCUCUAACCACAGCUUAUAUAUGCAUCCUUUAUUCUGAUAUCAUCCCCCUGCCCCUUGCCACUAGACUAACAUAUGGAAUAGCCUUAUUUAAGCUGGCCUGGCCUACUUCUGGAGGGUCGGGGUAGGGUAGAAUGCAAAUGAUAGAUAAGAAUGUAAGAAAAUCCCUGUUCAAUCAGACCAAGGUCCCUUCCAGACAAGCAUCCUGCCAACCAGUAAUAAUGCUCUAAGCCACACUAUUGUAGUGGGAGGGACAGGAUGGCAUUACCAGUAUUGCAGCACUGUUCCUGCUGAAACAGGAUCAUCUGGAGUCACCGGUAUCAUACCAAAAUGCCUCAGAGAAUAAGGAAGAGAAUGAAGGGAUCACCAACACAGUAAAAAAGCGCUGCUCCAUUGCAAUCAGGCAUUCAGCUGACCCUCUAUGAGUCUGUGCCUGCUGGGGUCCUGCCUCCGGAGCCCGUGCGGGGAUGUCUCGGAGACCCCGCGCUGACUGCUGCUCAAACAUCACGUUGACAUGGAUGAUGAAGAUGGCCGAUGCUUGCUAGAUGUAAUUUGUGAUCCUCAGGCCUUGAACGAUUUUUUACAUGGAUCUGAUAAGAUUGACAGUGAUGAUCUCCUGGACAACACAGGAGAUGCAGCCAGCGCCUUCUUUGAGGGUGCUGGGCUGCAUGUACAAGAAUCGUCUGGCAAUCAUCUGAAUGCUGAACAGAACCAGCCCACAACAAGCGUUGACUUAGACUUCUUGGAAGAUGACAUCCUGGGGUCACCGUCGGGAGGUGGGGCCAACCUGCAGAACUCAGACCAGCCCUGUGACAUCCUCCAGCAGAGCCUGCAGGAGGCAAAUAUCACUGAGCAGACUUUGGAGGCAGAAGCAGAACUGGACCUGGGAUCUUUCCAGCUCCCUGCGCUCCAGCCAGUGGUCCACACUGCCUCUGAUGGCACUCCACAGAUUUUCUCCAGUGGGGCUGACCUUAUUGGGCUGCAGCAACCUGCAGUCCUGACCCAUCAAGCACUGGUGCAGCAGUCAGUGGGGGCUGAUGUUGUCAACAAGGCCAUCAGUGUGCAGCCUUUUCUCCAGCAAGUUGGCCUGGGGAAUGUCACCAUCCAGCCAAUUUCCAACCUUCAAGGACUGCCCAAUGGGAGCCCCAGUGGGGCAUUGGGCAUUGGGCAAAUUCAGGUGGUUGGCCAGCAAGUGAUGGCCAUUAACCAGCCAGCUCAGCAGAUCAUCGCUAAGCAAGUUCAGCCUUCCCAAGUGGCUACCAUGCCGGUAGGAAGUUACAUCACUCAGACAGCGCCAGAGCAGCAGCAGGUCACCCUGGCCUCUGCUGGGGUGCCUCCGCAGAAUACUGGUCUCGUCAUCCAGAAGAACCUUCCAGCCGUGGCCACGACAACGCUGAAUGGGAGCUCCAUGUUUGGGAGUGUGUCUGCCACGCAGGGCUCCCAGCCUCUCACAGUUACAUCGAACUUGAGCAGCUCACUAGUACAGGCCCAGAAUGUCAUCAUUCACCGGACACCCACACCAAUUCAGCCCAAACCUGCAGGAGUCCUCCAGCAGAAGCUGUAUCAGAUCACCCCCAAACCAUUUGGCCCCAACAACACCACCCUCACCAUCCAGAAUGAGGCUGCCCUCCAGCAACAGAAAGCCCAGCAAAACUUGACCUUCAUGGCAGGCAAGGCGGGGCAGAACGUGGUGCUCUCUGGCUUCCCGCCGGGGCUGCCUGCCAACAUGUUCAAACAGCCCCCGCCGCAGCAGGCCCUGAGCAAGCCCAUGAGCGUCCAUUUGCUGAACCAAGGCAGCAGCAUUGUUAUCCCCGCCCAGCAUGUCCCUCAGGCCAUGUUGCAGGGCCAGAACCAGUUCCUUCUCCCGGGGCAGCUCACAGGUACAUCUGCCGUUCAGAUCCCUCAGCAGCUGUCGGCCUUGCAAGCCAACAUGGGGGGCCAGAUCCUCACAACCUCCCAUCCUAGUGGGCAGACUCAUAUCAUCACCAGCCAAGGGCCUGGUGGGCAGCUAAUAACGAAUCAGGCGCUACCUGCCCAAAUCCUUACCAAUCAGAACCUGGCAAGCCAGUUGAAUUUGGGGCAGGUGCUGACAUCGCAGAAUGCACACGGCACUGCUCACAUACUUUCUGCUCCUAUCCAGCUGCAGCCUGGGCAGGUGGGCCAGCCGACUCUAUUCCAGAUGCCCGUCUCUCUAGCUGGUAGCUUGACGACGCAGAGCCAGCCCACCGUCGCCGCCUCCUUGGCCAGUGGCGCCAUCAGCCAGACUGGCCAGACUGUUAUCCAAGGGGUCACCCUGCCUAACCAGGUGGCUAUGCUGAAUGCCGCUGAGAACCUCAACCAAACGGUGACUAUCCAAGCGCCUCCCAGUGCCAGCCGCCAGAGUCCAGGCCUCAUUCAGCCACAGCCAACCUCCAGCACCAACCUGCUGCCAAACAGCGAGCAGACCAACCUACUGACCGUCCAGUCCGCCUCUCAGCCUUCUGCGCCUUCCCAGCUUCAGUUGAAUGUACAGCAACAGACUCCGCCACCUCAGCAGCCAGCACAGCUACCCGUGACUUCCCAGCCCAGCCCUAACUUGGUGGCAUCCAGUCCAGAAAAGAUUAUCUUGGGCCAGGCAGCGGCUGGAACCAUCAUCUCCCAGGAUUCUAUGCAGAUGUUCCUGCAGCAGAAGGAUCGGAGCCAGCAGCAGCAGCAGCAGCAGCAAUUUUAUCCGUCAGCCCUGAAAAUGCAGCAGGAGAGCAGUUUGAAUGAAUCCACAGUACCUCCCCACCUGCCAAUGCCUCUACCCAUCUACAGCAUAGCCACCACCGCCCUCAGCACCACAAGCAGUGUCCCAGCCUCGGUGAUAGUGAGCAGCAGCGUAGGCGCAGCCCUGCAGCCGCCUGCCGGCCGAGAGCUGAGCCAGAACCACAGCCAGCCGCCGGUGGAGUCCAAAGUACCUCAGUUCUCAGCCGGCCCUCCCCAGCAGGCACUGGCUUGCCAGUUGCCUUCAGGACAGCAGAAACUUCCUGGAGCCUCCCCAUCCCAUUCACUACCUCAUCCUUCCAUGGGGGAGAGCCCCCAGCUCCAGCCAACACACCUUUCACAGAUGCAGUCCCCACACCAGUCCCGUCCACCCUCUCAGCCUCAGCCUCUUUCCCGGCCGCCCUCCCGGCCACACUCAAGGCCGCCUUCCCAACCACAGACGCUGUCCAGGCCUCCAUCUGAGCCCCUGUCACGGUCCUGCACCCCCCAGACACAGAUGCAGAACUUGUACGUAAUUCAGAAUCAAAUAGCUUCUUCCCCUCAUGGCCCCAACCAGCAUCCCCUACGGCCCCCUUCGCAGCCUCAGGUACCAUUCCAGGCACCACAGGCCCAGCCAGAGGGGCAUCCGCCACUCACAACCCCUCCACAUUUGCAGCUACAGGUUCAACUUGCUCCACAACUUCAGCCACAGGCCGAGACUCAGGUGCAGGCCCGGCUAUCCGAGGUGCAGCAUACCCACUCUCCACAUUUCCAGCUCCAGUUCCCUGCCCAGAGUCCUAUCAAGUCCCCCACCCCAACUCAGACUCUUCACCUAACACCAGAACAGCAGAGGAGUUUCCAGAUGGUUCCAAAUCAGUUCCAGACUCUCUCUGCGAUUCCAGCCCCUGUACCUCAGCAGAAGCAGCUCAUGGACCGAUUUCAGCAGAUGCCCCAGGGGAUUAUCCUGCAAACAAAGCAACCAGCUUCCACUAGCCAAGCUCCACCUGUGCUGAGCCAGUUCAGCAGUCAGCCCUCCUCUGUCUUGGUUAGCAGCCAAGGGCAACCAGUCACAGUAACGACCACUCAGACACCACCAGUCCACGGCCACGUGCCUGUGCCUGCCACAGUCCAGCCAUCUAGUACAGGUCCAAGCAAGGUGGUCCCUGUGCUGGAGAAGGGUCAAGUGCAAAGAGGCCCGGGAGGAGGACCGCCGGCACAGCCCACAGCACUGCUCCAGCAGCAGACCCCCGUCUUGGUCAAGUCGGCAUCCAUUGCUGUUGCAGAGAGCAAAACGUUUUCCACCGGCUCCACUACAAUUUCUGGUGGAAAAGCAACCGCCGGGCAAGGGAAGCCUGCAGCCCCUCUUCCCGUACAGCAGCCAGUUCAGGCCAAGCCUGGAGUCAUUAGCUCCGUGUCAGGCCUGAGCCUUGGGAAAAGUCCACUGCAGCUCCAGGUACUUGGGAAGGGCUUGCCACAGCUCAUGCCUUCAGGCCCUGCCCAAAUCCAGCAGCAGUAUGACAGCAAGCUCAGAAGCCUGAAAAAGCCUCCUAUGCUACAGCCCAGCAAGGAAGCCUGUUUCUUAGAACAGCUGCAUAAACACCAGGGAGCUGUGCUGCAUCCUGAUUACAAAACCUCAUUUCGGUCAUUUGAAGAUGCCCUGCAGAGGCUUCUCCCGUAUCACGUUUACCAAGGAACGUUGCCUUCUCCCCAUGACUACCGCAAAGAUGAAGAGUUUGAAAUGGUGUCCACGCAACUGCUGAAACGCACACAAGCCAUGCUGAACAAAUACCGCCUGUUGCUCUUGGAAGAAUCACGGAGAGUCAGUCCUUCGGCGGAGAUGGUGAUGAUCGAUCGUAUGUUCAUACAGGAAGAAAAGACCACCUUGGCUCUUGAUAAGCAGCUGGCAAAGGAGAAACCAGAUGAGUAUGUCUCCUCAUCUUCACGGUCACAGAGUUUUGCUUCUUCUCUGGCGCAGGGCUCUGUGCCCAGCAGCGUUUCUUUGACUUCUGAGAACCUGAAGGCACCUCCAGUGCAGAUGGCAACCCAGAUCAACCCCACAAAACUGGUAAUCAAGCACAGCGGAGGUUCCCCCUCUGUCACAUGGGCCAAGGCCUCUCCCUCCUUGGAUGGGGAUGAGGAUGCCCUGCCCUCCCGGAGCAAACCCCCCAUCAAAACCUAUGAAGCCCGGAGCCGGAUUGGGCUGAAGCUGAAGAUCAAACAGGAGGCGGGGCUUAGCAAGGUGGUUCACAACACUGCCUUGGACCCAGUUCACCAGACGCCACCGCCACCCAUCUGCACAGUGAUCAAAACGGCUGAGCAGCACUCAUCAGCCUCGGCCACUGCCACCACCACCACCACCACCUCCAUGGUGGGGCAAAUGAAUGGAACAGUUGACCAUAUCGCUGCAGCCCCAGUGGAGAAAAAGCCCAUUGUGACUUACUGCAGGCUUCCUCUCCGUAAGACUUACCGGGAGAAUGUGGAUGCUUUUGUGGCAGAAAAAGCCCCAGACACUUGUCUAAAAGGGAGCACCCCGAAAGCCGAUACGGUGCCAAGCACCCUCAUCAUCAAGCAGGACGGUGGUUCCAGGAGCGUCAUCACCUCCCACAAAACUCACGAGAGCCCCUUCAUGGCUGCGGCAGAGAAGGGCAGAUCAGAGGAGAACACCAAACAUACUUUUUUCAACCGGAGUGAUGCCCGCUCCCUCGUGAUGCAAGAGAGCCCUGCCCCUCCCAAGACUGAUGAUUCAACCAGUGGCCUUAUGAAGGAACUCGCGGAGGUUGAGGAUGAGUUUUAUCACCGGAUGAUAAAGACUGAACCCCCCGACCACGGCUCUGCCUCCGAACUCACGUGGGAGGUGCCCCUACCCCCAGCCAAACGCCGGAAGUCAGAAUCUUUUGACGUGGACAAUGCGAGCUUCUCCAGUGACAGUCCCCCAGAUGACUCCCUUAACGAGCAUUUGCAGAGCGCCAUUGACAGCAUCCUGAACUUGCAGCAACCUCAGGCAGGGGGCCAGAACACCCGGACACCCUCCUCUUCGUACCACUCUUCCUCCUCCCCCUUCUCCUCCCCUGCCCACCGCACAGACACUUACCUUGCCCCCAAUCACAAUGGCGGCCUUGGAGCAAGGACGUUGAACAGAUAACAGAAAAACAAGCCAAGCAGAGACCCUGCCAAGAGAGCCAAGGACUGAAGCUGCAGCAGCUUCUGCUGGCUGGGAAACGGUUGAAAGCCAAGGUGCCGCUUCCCAGAGACCCGACAGAGAGGGCCUGAUGCCAGGAGGGAAGAGUGGGGGUCUGGGGUGGGGAGGACAGCAGCAGUGCCCGGAAGGGUCUUCAUCCAUCCAAGUGUUGAUAUGGUGGAUUGUGGUGGUUGUAUAGGGCAAGCUCCAGCUAGACUUACAAUACACUCGUCUCAUCACACGCACCAUUGUGGGGGGAAAGGAAAAAUCAGCAAAUGGCAGGCAGCAGGUGGGAGGGGGUUGGAUUGGGGCCCAUAGGUAGUAUUGGCUGUGUAAUAUUUAGAUUCUGUAACAAAUUGCUAACUUGAAUCUCUGAAUGAUGAUGGUUUUAUUUUUCUUCCCCCCUCCCCCUUUUCCCCAUCUCCACAGUUGUCUUUAGGACAUUUUCAAUAAAUCCAAGUCCGAAGCCAGCAGGGAGGCCAAAGGAAUGGGGUGGGGGAACAACUCCGUAGAGUUGCCACAAGGGGCAAUUAUGAAAUUUGAUUUUUGUCAGGUUUCACUUAAGUUAUUUAAUUAAAAUGUUAGCUUUUUUUCUGGAGGGAGGUAGAUUCUGAACAAAAUGCAAAGAAAAAAGGAGAAAAGGUGAACACUAAUGCUUAAAAAGAAGCAUGGAUGAAUUUGCAGAUAAACCCCUUUCAAAGAAGAAGACAGUCCCCUUCAGUGGGACAUGUGUGGGUCUGGUUAACAUAGCUGUAGUGGGCAGGGCAAGCAGAGGUCUGGCAGAUGGGCAUACAUUUCUCUCUCUCCCCCCUUCUUCCUUUUAAAAACCACAUCAGUCUAAGAAUUUGACAAACGUGAACCACAAGAAAUCUCUUUAAGUUGCAGAAGAAGUACAGUCACCUGACCAUUCCGAUGUUGGGGCUGAGAUGGGCGUUGGCUUUGGAAGCCCAGGCACAGGCAGAGGACCAGGCGAAGUCCCACUGGCUGUGUUCUUGUGCUCUUUUGUCCUUGGGUGCUGAUGUUUUGCUCAUCUCCCAUGGUUUCAGUGACUCUCCCAGGGCCCCUGUGUCUCAUUCAGAAAUCAUGGCUUUGUACCUCUCCUUUCUACUACUUGCACAUGGACAAGAGUCAUGAGAUAGGCGGGGAUUCCUUUUGGUGGAAACAGUUAGUGUGUCCUCACAGCUGGAGGAGAAAGAAGUGGCUCUUUGAACAGCAUCCGCCAUGACUUCCCCUCCUCCAGGGCCUAGGAAUGCAACUCUGCUCCUCCAAGCGUGCACUGAGAGGGUCACAAAAAGGUCCAUCCUUGCAGCUUUCCUUGGUUGGAGCCAUCCAGCCUCCCUUGUGCUUGCCUGCCUGUAGUUCUCCUCUUCUUUUCUUUUGCACCCUUAUGAGGCCUAGAAACUCUGAUGGAGCACACCUUACAGUACAAAAUUUAAGUACCAGCAGGAAGAUUUAGCUCUUCUUUAACUGAGUCUUUAAAGGUAUUACCAGCCACGUGGCAAUGAUCCCAAACUGCAUGGGUUUUUAAAAAGAAGCCUCCCAGACUUCUCAGGUGGUGGUGGUGGUGUUUUUGUUCCUGAAAAAAGGUAGGGGUGUGUGUGGGGGGUGUGUGUGUGUGUGUGUGUGUGUGUGUGUGUACAGCAGCUAAGGCAGGACAUGGUCUUCUGUUAAUGCCGGCCUGGCAAGGCUGAGACUUGAGACUCCGGGAGCCUUUUCAUCCCUGUUGCCAAAUGCAUGCAAUAGUAUCCCAUCCACACAAGAGACUGAUGAGGGGAGUGGUGCUCCAUCAUCCCAUCUCCCUCACAAAUCUGACUUUUACAAAUGCACUGACAGAGGACAAGUGCCCUGAAGCAGAGCUGUUCCUCCCCUUCCCCCGCCCCAUGUGCCUCACCCCAGCCUUUAAAGUUGAGAGUUCCUUAUUGUUUAGUUUCCCUCACAGUGGAUGUUGCAUCUCCAUUGUCACCUGCAGCUGCCACCUUGAUGUGUGCUGCUCUUCUCUCUCUCUUGCACUUCUGGCUUCCUCCUUCCUGCAAGACAUUGCCAGCGGGCUCAGGUGCCAUCUCAGACCUUGGGAAGUGCCAUCUCUUUCCAUUCUGUUCUGCCACUCAGUCUUGGGUGGGGGGCGGCAGAGCUAUUCCAUAAGAAAAGGGUGGCUAAACUAGCAAAUACGUAACCUUCUGUUUUAGAUGGCAACUUCUCACCUGUUCCAAAGAGAAGCAGAAACAUUUCUUGCUCCACAGCUGGAUUGUGUGAGUGGGGAAAGGAUUAAGACGUUAACGUUGCAGUUCUGGGGUUUGCUCUGCAGUAUCUUUAGCUACAUCUUCCUUACUCUAGGGUCUUGAAUGAUUCACAUUCUUCCAGACAAACUAACCUUCUGAUGACAUAACUAAUCGAACAUCAAGACUCUCCUUUUUCUGCUUUUAGGUGCCAAAGUAUUCCUCUGUCUCCUUCCUGCCCCGAACACACACCAUAGAGGGAAGGGGCUUGAGGGAAGGAGAGACUGGUUCCUGCUGCCUUGAGCUUCAUGUAUGGCCAGCAAAGGAUAAAGGCAACACUAGAAUAUGCACCCUUGCUUACCCCAUCAGGUGGCUUGGAAAACACAGUUGCACACAACUGUGUGUUGUGUGUGUGGGGGCGGGGGGGCAGACGCAUGAAGAUCAGCUCUAAGAUGAGAGCUCAUAGCCUGCCACCUGCAUCAUUUGCGUGUGCACAUAGCAAGUUUCUGUGUUUACAAUUGAGGAGAGUAUCCUACAGAGGGCCAAUGGUAUAACAAACUUUAAAAAUGCCCAGAGUAAGAGCCUGCUUGGUUGACAUAGCCAAGAGUACAGAGAAACGUUGAAAUUUUCAACAUUUGUUCAAAUGUAGAUUUUUCCUUUCUUGGUUCUGUUCCUUAAAAGUUCCAGUUUCAUCCUUAUCCUUAGCAAAUAAAUUGGGUUCAUCUCCAUCUCGGAUCACAAACUGAAACAUCUGCUUUGGGAGCUUGGUACAAGCUUUUAGCUCAUCACAUUUAGUUGUGAGAAUCCAGUGCAUAUUCAGCGGGUUUUUUGUUACGUUUGGCCCUUUUGGCUACCAUUAGUCCCUUCUUACCUCCCUUCUCUCCAGACCUAGGUCUGCUAUCUUAAAAAUCAAAACAACCUUACAUGCCCCAACAUACAAGUUCUAAAGCAACUGAUGCUGCCAAAGUGUGUUGUCUUUUUAAUCAUUAAAUAGAAGCCUGUUGCUCAUUUGUUUCCAGAGUUGCCUGAUAGUGAAAAGCCAGUUUAUUGACUACCUAAAUUGGAUUUCUUGUUUUGUGCCUCUUCACCCCACUCACCAUGGCUUGUAAAAAAGACAAAUACCUUUCUUAACAUCAAACUUCACAUUAAAAGCAGGCCAGCCUAUCCUUUUGGCUGCUGUCCCAUAAUAUAAACCCAAGAGUGGAAGAAAUGGCCAGCAAGUCCAACUUGGAGAUUAGCUGUUGGUUCUUUUGGAAGGGUGCCGACUGACCUGCAUUCAGCCAUUGGCUAUAAAUCUUUUAUUUUGUCUCUUCUCCCCUCGGUCAUCUUUAUUUCUUUCCAAGAUUGGGGGUGAGAGGGAUGCUAUAAUUCUGUGUCCAGGGCUUGGGAAUUUGCUGCAGCUGCCUUCCAAAUUCCUUCACGCUUUCCUUUCUACAUUCUUUUUUUCUGCAAGCAGGCCUGAAACAAAGUCUCUUUGAUAUUUUCUUUCGCGGAUGCCCACAACCACCACUACUUUGUCCCUGACCAAACUCUGAUGAUAAAUUGUCAUGAAAAGUGUUGCACUAUGUUUAAAAAGCAAAUUAAUGAGCUUUCUUGAGAGGGAAGACAACUACAGAAGCUAGAACUGUAUAGAUGCAGCACCCUUCCAGGUUCUGUCUUUAGGAAAGCAAACCGUUCUUUUUCAGAAUUUCAACUGCAAUCCUUUUACGGGGAGAAUGCUGGUUUAUAAAACUAAAAACUUUAUUUCUGAAACCCUGCAAAACACAUGUUCAGGGCCUUUAAAGAUUUGGCAGAACAGUGAAAAAAUCUUGGCCACUUGUGUCUUCUGGAUGGAGAAAACCAUCUAACAUUUUAAAACUUCAUUCUUUUACUAACUGUCCCCACCACCACCAUCCCAAUUAGGUGAGGCCUUAAAAUUAUCCCUAUGUUAAUUUCACACAGUCAUUCUAGAAACAGGCAUGUGUAUUUUGCCUGUGGCUACAGAAACAGACUGUGCAGCCUGAAGAAGUGAAACCAGUGCUUUAAAAUUUGCUUUAAAAGUUAAUUUGAGGUCAUGCUUUUGUUGUCUGUUGGAUUGCCUGCCCCAAGCAAGCUCCCUUCAAGCAGUUGCUUUUUGAAGUUCUAAGCACCAUUGUCUUGUCCCUCAAUCCCUGCUCUGUGUGUGUGUGAACAUGUGUACCUGUGUGGGCUUGUUUCACUGCUUUAUUUACGGAUUUCUCUAAAAUUGUCUUGGUGCCCUUCUCCUAUUUCUUUGCACCUGCAAGGUUGCUUGAACAGACCAAUAAAUGUUCUUGCACAAACAUUUAAUAUUUAACGGUUCAGUUGAAAGUCAUGUUUGAUGAAGAAAAAAGUUCACAAACGGUUCUGGUGUGUCCUGACUGAUAGCUCUCAUUUUUAACUGAUGGAUAAAGAGAAUGAUUUCAGCCCCCACCCUUGCCAACUCUUUCUUUUGGUUCUCUUGCUAUAUAGCUGGUUAGAGACUGUCAUAAAGUUGAGUUGAGUUGAUUCUCUUGCCUUACCAUCAUAUCUUUUGACCAAGGACAGAUAACAACAUGUAACCCCCUCACCAACUUUCUGUGUUCUGUUUCUUUUCCUCUUCUGAUCUUUCUGCAUACAACACAGAAUGACCCUGUUGUUCAUUUUCUACCCUCUGGCUGGUUGUCUGAUCCGCCCCCCCUCCCCUAUCCCACAAAAUAAGAGGCAAUAUCAAUGGCUCCUGUAACCCAAAAUGUUGUUAUGGGGAAAGGCAGAAAAAUUCUAGAGAAUAUUGGCUAUUGGUCCAGCCUGUUCUUCAGCAUCGUCCUCCUUUACCCUUUACUGUGUCUUGUGAAGUAGAGAAAAAAAGUUUGUGUCUUAAAAAUGCAGUUUACUGAAUUAUCUUUUUAGGGAUAUAAUUGAACCAAAAAAAAGAGGAUUAAAAGGUCUACAUUUUUUCUUUUGUCUUUGACAAAGUGUGUUUCAAAACGUGCACCAUUUUACCAGUAGUGCAAAUUGCUUAAGAAAACUGGAUACCAGUGCCCCAAUUCCAAGCCUUGUGUGCUCCAUUGUGUGUACUGAAUAGGGUCUCAUGCAGGCAUUAUUGGGUGCCCACCAGGAUGCACUGGAUCAGGCUGCAGAUUUUCAUUUAUUAUAACUGGGAAACUCCCCAUGCAGCUCCUAUUCACUUCAGUAGGGUAUGUGCAUUUACUUUACUUUGCAUUGUAAGACUUUACUUUAAAGGGAAAUGUUACUUUCCACACUCUAGUAGUAGUACUCAAAACUGCUUCUCGGUUUAAAUUUGGUUUUAUGUUAUGUGACAUUAUUUAUUUUUUUAAAUCUUGCAAUACCUUCUGAAGCACUUUCCUGUCAUCUUGUUCCUUCCUUGUUCAAGUCUGCAGAACAUUAGCUGCCACCUAUUGGAAGGUAGCCAGGGGCAUGGUCGUUUUCUGUUGCCUUGGUCCAGUGCCCUACAUGGGCUCUGAUAUACGCAUAGCAUUUCUGCAUGCAUGGACUCCCCCACCCACCCCGACCCCAGCCAGUGUUCGCUCCAUUGAGGUGAAAUGGAACUCCAGCACCUUCCAGAAAUGGCUAAUUUGGGGCAAAUAAUCCCUUGUUUCACUGCUGCUGGAGAAGUGUCCCAAGCAAAGAUGAGGACUGGAUUUUGAAACACUACUUGCUAAGCUUUCAGUGCUCCCCGCCUAUAAACCCCCUGGUUAUCUUGUAAUGUGGGGGGGGAAUAUAUAUGGUUAGGAAGCAAUAAGGGAUGUCCGGACUCCCAGGCUGGUGUGUGUUUUUUCUUUUUUAUAUAUAAAUAUAUAUAUAAAAAUGUAUAUGAAAUUGUUUGGCUUUUUGUUUAGUGUCUUUUUUUUCCUUCUAAAAAGUGUGGAUUUGGGAUCACUAGUUCAUUUGGUUGCUGACUCUCCUUUCUGCAAGAUAGUUAAGUUAAAAGAAAAAAGAAAAAGCUCCCCUUCAGAUUAAACAUUAAUCUAUGUUGGCUUUCUUAUUGUUAUGGGGAAGUGUAUACGUUCUUUAUUUUAAGCCUUUCCAGUAUUUUGAAAAAUGACCAUGGAUGUUUGCUUCAUUGCCUCUGAGGGUGAGGGGAGAUUCUCAUCUCUUUGUACAUGUUUUAAUUUUCAGUAAGUUUUUUUAGGGAAGGAAGGGGAUAUCUGAGAGGAGGAGAAGGAGGAGGAGGAGAGAUACAGAUCUCAAAUCUUUAUAAGCAUCCACCCACCUUCAUCUUGCCAUCAAUCUAACACUUAAAUAGGCUUAGGGAGGGAAUUUUAAAAGUUCAUUUUGAAGAGUUAAGGAAAUCCACUUUGGUCCUUGCAAAUCCUUCCACUUUCCCACCCCACACCAAACAACAGGAAGGCUUUGCAAAUGAAAGGUAGCAAAAGGUGAAACUCAACUCCUUUUUAGUAUUAAAAACACAACAACAAAAAAACGGUUUUUCGUUCCUCUCCCUGCUGGUACCAGUUUGAACUUCUUCACAGUUCAAAAACAAAAUAUAGUACUAUAAAAUAAUUUUGUACUGUAUUUAUUGUAUAUAACAAUUUUUAAACAGAAUUAUGUACAUUUAGUACUUCUGUGUAAAUUAAAUUGCUCUUCUUUUUAAAAACGGUA